AGGAUAGCCUUCCUGAUGUGAUGAUCUGGCUGAUGUCCAAGCAGCAGCGAGUGGCCUAUGCUCGGGUGCCUGCCCACACUGUCCUGUUCUCCCCAGAAGGACCCCUGAGCUCUGGCAAGUUCUGUGGGAAGAUUCAGAACCUCUUCUUACAGUAUCCAGAAGGUGAAGGACAGGACACAUUACCAGCUUACCUCCGGGUCUGCAUGUGGCUUGGCAAUGUCAUUCACAGCAAGGAUCUGAAGCUGCUCGAGCAUGGCAAAAUGGUGGUGUAUGCAGAGACGGUGAGUGAAGAUGCAGGGCAUUUGGAGGGUAGGGUAGAAGGUUAGCCAGGUCAGGGUCAAGCCAGGGAAGAGCAGGCCUGACAGUCAGACAUGCAGAAGAGAAGACGAAGAGACAACAGUUCAGACCCAAAGUUGAGGUGGACACCGACCACAUCUGAAGACUAUGAGAGAGCUCUGAAAUGAAAUCAAUGGUGGAUGGCGUUAUUAGUUUAGC